CUCCCACCUCUCCUAACUCCCUCCCCUCACCUACGCGCUGCCUCACCCAUCUAACCCCUCUCCCUCACUCGCCCCUCCCCCGGCAUUUCUCGACAACUCGGACCGAUCUCGCUCAACCGCGGACCGGAUCUGCUUACUCCGUGGGCUCCGCUGAUCGCCGAUUGCUUCUCAGCAGCUCAGGUACUUUACAACCAGGGAUCACGCCGUACCGAUCUGCGCCGCCACAGGUGACAAGUGACUUUAUGGGUGAUUUGGCUUCUGAUUCUGAAAAAUUACCCAUGGAGGGUCACGGUAUGUCUUCUGUCUGCAAGGAUGACAUAGCUCUGCUAGAGGAGGCACUUCCUCCAGCGGGGCAGGCUCCACGUUCAUGUGUGGAACUCCAUCAUAGCCAGAAAGGAACUCAUAAACAAGGCAGGGAUGUUGGUUCUUUGGAGACUGAAGUGGAUACUUCAGGUUCUCCCAGCUCAGGAAUAAAGAGAGGCAAAGGAGGUGAUGGGAGCUCCCAUGCAAUCUCCAAUCACAUUGAACCAAAGGAAUCUUCAACUUAUGAGCGUUCGUCGUCCUUUCCGUCGACGUCAAGGCUUCUCGUCUCCGCUAUGAAAGGAGGCCGUGAGAGAAGUGGUGAAACAUCGCCAACUGGAGUCCGCCACGUUAAUUGGGCCCCAGAUGUGUACGACCCCCCGGUCACCUCUGUCGACCACACGGUGAAGGGCCACCAACAGCGCUCCAGGUCCAGGAAGAAGGACAAGGGCAAGCAGAAACAGAAGCAGAAGAAGAGGAAGUCGCGUGGGAACAGCAAGAAGAGCGGCGGCCUCCACGACGCCGCCCACAACCCGCUUGCUCUCGACGUGCCCGGGCCGUCUUCGCCUGAAGAACUAGGCUUAGGGGAAGUGGAGGAGGCCGAGGUGCUGGACUACAGCGCCUUCGACAGUCAGGAGCCCAAGUGCGGAGGCGGCUUCCCACGCGAGAUCGCCGCGGCGCGGACGUGUUUCCCCGCCGCCGAGGCGUCAUGAGUGCCGACGGUGGCCUGGGACCCCCGGACCCCGGAGGAGGUGUAGAUAGAUACGGUUGGUGUACAUAAAUAAGAGAAAUCCAGGCUGUGUGAGAUGAGAUGAGAUGCCCUUUCUAUAUAAGCUUUUGGCUGGCAUCCUUUAUCAGUAAGUAGUGUAGUGUGCUACACGUUGUGUGCUGCUGUUCCGUUUGUAGCCACGGACUGGUGAGAUCUGAGAAUAAUUGAAUCCCCUUUCGAGGGAGUUGUCAUCCA